AUGGACAAGCACGGAAAUGCGCACGAAGCCACCCCGCUCAUCGGACAGCGCACAGAGCCGCGAACCGGCGAAGGCCAAGUCGUGCCCAUGAAGUAUAGUUACCUUCGGCGCACCACGGGGACGCGCGUAAGGGCGUUCGAAGGGGAUCUUGCGCUGCAGUACAUCUACAGCGCGGACACGCAUCCGUUUUCGGAGACUAGGCGCAGGUUGCGCAACAUCAUCGUGUGGGCUGGGGCGAUCUUUCAGUCCCGGAUGUUCACCGUCGAUGGCGGCGACGCGGUGAUAUACUACGCUCCACCUAAGCCCUUGCGAUUGGUAAAACUCGUCGUGGACGUGCUGGCGCGCUUCAUGUCCCCUGAAGCGAGGAAGAGGCGCAAGGAGGUCGACAGCGCACUUGAGGAGAUCAUUAAGCGGGAGUUCGGCGACCGGGUCGAGGACAUGUACGAGGUGAAGGGCCUCGCCGUCACCCCGGAGAAGCAGGGGCGCGGGUACGCCACCGCGCUCAUGCGCACGGUCCUUGACAAGAGCGACACGGAAGGGAAGGACUCGUGGGUGGUCACUGGACGAUCGCACACGUUCUACGCGACGCUGGGCUACACGAUCGUCGGGACGGGCCAGACAGGCGGUGAGAAUCCGACGUGGUCCCACGGGCCUGUCGAUUGGAUCGUAACUCGCGAGCAGCGUGCCCUCUCCGUGAUGUGCGCGUGUCCACCUGCCAAGCGUUCAGCGUUGUGA